AUUUUGAACCGUUUGAGUUUCGAAAUUUAUUAUUUACCUUGUUUCAUUAUUAAUUUAAAUAUUUUUUUCUAUGGGAAUCAAAUAGACUAGUGGCGUCAAAACUCUCCAAAAAUGGCACAUUUUAAUUUCGUCAUACCUGGAAACAAAGCCGAUUUAUUAAAAAGCUCUGUUAGGGGCGAAUAUUGGGUACAAAAUGUUUUAAUCCAAAAGGAGAUCCCCACUGUACUAAAAAAUUCAAGAGCCUUAUUGCGAGAAGAACGGGGAGAAUUCAUUUUGGGAACCUUUGAUACUUACUAUUCGGUAAUCCACCAUGGCGACACCAUUGCCUUAGAUAUUGCCUACAAGGCUUACGAGGACCUCCACAAGGGAAUCUCCGAACUGCUCCAGGACAUCGAUUUCAAAUUAGAAGACAAAGAAAGCCUGAAUGAUGAAAUCAAAUUGAAAACCGCUAAUAUCCUUAAAAUGUACCUGUAUAUUUACACGCAGAUAGUUUUACUGAUAGAGCAGCGAAACGCAGCUAAAAAUGAACAGUUACUCAAAGGCAGGAAGAAGAGUUCAAAAAGCACUGACGACGACUUCACCAUCGAUAAGAAAAGUGUCCUGCUGAAUCUGAACAGCAUCAUCCAACGGGAAAUCUCCAUGUUUUGGGAAUCGCAAGCCGUUGAAGAGGCGCUAGUGAACGUAGUGUCCGGUAUCUGCUACGAGUUCCUACAGAAUCCUUCGAUCAAGAGAGAGAAGGAGGAAUUCGCUGAGAUUUUCAACGUGCUGGGGCAUCUACUGAAGGCUUACAAUCACGGCAUGACGUUCGUCGUUCGCAUUACCCAACUCGUGAAGCUGCACGAGCAUCUAGUACAGUGCUUGCCGAAGGGGAUGCAACAACUCGUUCAGAGUUUCAAUUACAAAAGCUUGCUGCACGAGUUGGUUGAGGAGUUGACGGAAUGGCAAACUGAUGACAGGCAUCAGGAUAGUCAGGGAGCCAGACAUUGUGCCACAGUUCUAUCUUCUUUAGCUGCUCUAAUGCCAGAUUUGAUGAUGCCCGAGGUUGUACAGCUGAACAGUUAUUUGUUUCAUGAUCCUCCAAGUCUACGUAUGUCUGUCAUAAUGGUGAUGGUGGAAGUCAUUUUGAACAAUCUUACCAGCCACAUUCUGGAAAGCGAGCAAAAGCAAUUCAGAGACGAUCUUUUCGGUAUCCUGAUAGAGCAUAUUGAUGAUAACUCUGCUUUAGUUCGUGCAAAGGUCUUCCAGCAGUGUGCAAGGCUCCAAAACGAAUCGGCCAUACCUCUGAAAUUCCAACGGCAAAUAUUGGAAAAAGUUGUCGAGCACCUCUACGAUAAAGGAGCCAUUGCGAGGAAGUCGGCAGCCAACUGUGUCACGACGUUUUUGUCUUUCAACCUCUUCAGUGCAAACCUCAGUUUAUCAAAGAUGAAAGUAGAAUUAGAAAGAAAUAAAGAACUUUUGAAAACUGUCAAGGAACAAUUCAAAGACCCUAAAGUGGAAAAACUGAUGGAAUUGCAAGCGCAAUGGGACAAAAAAGUAAACACACUAAAAGAUGUUGUUACGAGUGAGUUGGAAAAAGGCAAAGAAAAUGAAGACUACGAUAACCAAGAUAAGGAAAAUCAAAUUCCCACUGACGAAAUCCCUGAACUAAUCAGAAUUUAUCUACAAGAAGACAAAUUCAAAGAGGCUUUCCAAGUUUGCAGGGGCGCAGUGAAAGAUUCGAAAUUUCUGGAGAAGUUCAAGGAAUUGCAACCUUCAGAUGACAUUGACUCGUCUCUCUAUAUGACCAUUCUUUACACGACUUUCUUCGACGUAACGAAGGUUAUGGAGCAGAUGGAAAACAGCGAGUUUAUGAACAUUUCGAAGGAAGACUACAAAAAGGUCGAAGCGCUAGUGAAGCAAGUCGAGUUUUUCGAGGACUGUGUCGCUUUUCUGAACCUCAUCGAUAAGGCAAUCAACACGAUGAUCGAAUUGUUGGAUACGACUUCUACCAGCGAUAUGCACGAAGCGAUUGGGUUCUUUAUUGCUGCCUAUAAGUUUGAUAUCGACAGGGCCAAUGAUGGUAUUUUAGCAAUGCUAAAACAAAUGCAGAGGAACGAACAGGAGAGGAAAGACGCCGUAACAGAAGCCUUCCGAACAAUCUACUUGGUCUCUGAAGCGUCGAAUAUGGCUACUCAAAGGGUGUCCGUCGACGAGGAGACCCAGAGCGCCGCCUUUGAGCUGCUACGUAUGGCAGCUCUCGGCAGGAAGACGAUCAUCUCCAGGAACUUGAAUCUGGUGAUGAAUAUCGCCACUGGAGAGAGGGCUAGGAAGAACAUGGCUCUUCUGGGUAUCUGUUGCAAUCUGUUGUCGGUGGCAUUUGAAAAAGUCGACAUCAACGGCAAAACUCCCCCCUUCAAAAUCAAGUCGGACGAUGCGUUCUUCAAGGAACUGGUAGAUAUUUUGAGCGAGCAGUUCUUCAAACCUGUGGAAUUCUACUACAAAGCUUUGUAUGGCGGCAUAGACUUCAUUUACAAGAUGUGUUCAGAGCCUGAAACAGUCUGCGAGGCGCUCUUCUCGAGUAUAAUCCCCAAACUGGCGAGGCAACAGAAAGACCCGGACGCCACAAUUCCCGAGUGGGCCAUGAUAAGGCUGUGCCAGAUGACGGGUUACGUGGCCAUCAAGCAUCUCGUCUACUUGGACGACACCACCUACAAAGAGCUGAAAAGACGGCAGAACAUCAGGGACGAACGCAAAAAGGUCAAGACCGUCAUCAGGGGCAAGAAGAAUAACAAAGAGACGAACAUCAGGAAGUCUUUGACUGCAGCUACGGCCAGCGAAGCGUCGUCAAUGAUGACGUCUGUGGCGAUUGACGAAUCUACUCUUGAUGGAGCGCAAGCUGAAGACAUAGACGCCGAAUUUAUAUUGAAUGUUUUAGAAAACGACACAGUAACCGGUUCAGGUUUUCUCGCAAAACUUGUACCUUUUGUAACGCACAUUUGCUCACGACCGGAUAUUUAUAAAACCCAGGAGAUCCAGUUUGCAGCUCUCACCUCGCUUAUGAGUAAAAAAAANCCAGGAAUGCGUUCCAUGGCGAAGACUUUCUUUGCCAAACUGGCACACAAAGAGAACAAUCUCUACAAUGCGCUGCCGGAUAUAUUUACGCAUGUUAUGGGCCAGGAGAGUGUCGAUGACGAAGGGGUGAAGAAUACUAUGAGCCUCUUGUUUGAUCUCGUGGAAAACUCCAAACACAUGGAACCUAUCGUGAGCCGGUUCUGCGGCAAAUUCAAAAUAACAGAGGACAUCCGUCACCAUAGAAACAUUUCUUACUGCCUCACUCUUAUUAAAUACAACGACAAGGCAUUGAAAAAACUCAUCGACGAGUUCAUCACGUACAAGCACUUGCUGCACGACAGCGACGUAUACGCCAAUUUCAAAACGAUAAUGAAUAUCUGCAACAAGGGACUGGUUGGAAAGGCCGAUCUUAAGCCAAUCGUUACUGAACUGGAAAAUUUGAUAAAAUCCGUCUUUGAACUCAACGAAAACGGCAUGAUGCCACCACCACCUCCAAAAUCUGCGAAGAAACGGUCCAAACCAAAGAAGAAGACAUCUUCAAGGAGAAAGAGACGUAGUGAGAGUGAUUCUGAUGACUCUGACUAGAGAAAUUUUUGAAUUACUAGGGUUACUACUACUGAGCAGACAACCGAUAUAUUUUUGUAGAAUAUUAUUAUUAAGGAACAGAAAGUUGAUGAGAAUCAGAUGAGAGUGGAUAGCUGGCCACUUUAUAACAAAUGUUUGUUCACGCGUACCUCUAGAAGUUGUGUACAUGGUAGUGAUAUUUACUGUAUAAUUUCUAACCAUUAAAGUGUUCGCUAAAGAAAACAAUUGCUCAAAGAACAUAUUUUUAUUGACUCUAGUUUUCUAGUAUCCAAAAAA